AUGCCUCAAGCUCAGCCGGAAUUGAAAAAGUACAUGGAGAAGCGGGUCUUCUGCCAGUUGAACGGCAACCGCAAAGUGAUUGGUAUCCUCCGAGGUUACGAUGUCUUCAUGAACAUUGUCCUCGAUGAGGCCUACGAAGAGAAGGCUGGCGGUGAGAAGGUCGCCAUUGGCAUGAUUGUCAUUCGCGGUAACUCCGUCGUCAUGCUCGAGGCCCUUGAGCGGAUAAACGACAAAUAG